CAGUUUACCCCUCCGGUAAGGGGUCAAGUUAAGGCACAGUUACCGCACUGUCUCCUAAUAUCCGAGGCAACGAGACAUUCUCUGAAAUUCUCCAAGAAGGAAAAGGAUUCCUUCACAUUCUGUCUAGAUGGCUGAAGCCUCCAUUACAGAGACAUUUGAACUGAAUCCGGAGAGUCCCGAGUUUGUUCCUGGGGGAAAUCUCACCCAGCCGCGGCCCAGGAGGGGUCGUCCAUGGUCGGACAACAAUCGUAACAGGAGCGGUCAUCACACGGGUUCCUAUUCACGAUCCGGACACGACAGUACAACGGGACACAAUAAGGAACCGCAACAAACUCACGUAAAUAAAGCUACACCGCAAGACCAUCACGUGUCCACUGAUAGGGAUGAUCUGAGGGGAGGUAGAGGCAGAGGAGCAGGAAGGAGAGGAAGAGGAGGAGGAGGAGAUGGUGGUGGUGAUGGAGGAGGAGGAGGAGGAGGUAGAGGAGGUGGCACUAGUCGUAACAGUGACCGCAGAGGACAGGGACAUAGAUGGCCAAGACAUGGUAAAGAUAACGGUCACUCAGGGAGGGAGCGUUGGAGUAACAGGGUACCCCGGCCUGACUCUCCCCCCAGCCAAAAGUCAAGCGCAGAGGAGGAGGUCCUGCAAGUACACCGUGAAAAGGAACAAACGUGCGAUUUCAGAGAACCUCAUCCAGAGCACCACGCCGUACACCCAAAGAAGCCUCGAAGGUUCAGUGAGGAGCCAAAGAAAGGGAGAGGAGAAAGGAGCUCUGUCAAACCUCAGUCACAAGAUAAGGAGGAGAACCAGGAGAACCAAGCAGCAGGGGGAGAGAAGGUCUCACACAAGCCCAGGGAUGGAGCACAGACCGGGGGUCACGAACCAGGGCACAGGGGUAACAGGGGAUGGAGGAAUAGAGAUGGAAAUUUUUUCGGCAGCUCCAGGAAGAAGGGGUCGGGCCCGCACCCCAGCGAUGGGAACUGGAGGGAGAGGGGACCUCCUGCCGAAACGGUUGGAGAGAAAGAGGAGAGGAGAGGAGGAGGCCAGGGGGAGAAAUCUGGAGGAGAGGAGCUCAGCUGGAGAGGAGGUGGAGGGAGAUGGCAAGGCAGGCGCACCCCCCUGCAGGACCGGGGCCAGAGGAGAGGUGGAGGUGGAGGUACAGAGGGGAGACCAGGCCUGAGUAAACGAGUGGACCUGAACAAGAGCAAAGAGACCCAGACAGGCUGUCUGAUUGAGCAGUUGACUGAGGAGAAGUAUGAGUGUAUGGUGUGCUGUGAGGUUAUCAGGGUCAUGGCCCCUGUGUGGAGCUGUCAGAGCUGUUAUCACGUCUUCCACCUCAACUGCAUUAAGAAAUGGGCCCGCUCUCCUGCCUCCCAGAGCGAAGAUGGCAGCGAAGGCUGGCGAUGUCCUGCCUGCCAGAAUGUGGCAUUUAAAACUCCAAACUCUUACACCUGUUUCUGUGGCAAGGUGACCAAUCCAGAGUGGCAGCGCACUGAGAUUCCCCACAGCUGUGGAGACAUGUGCGGGAAGAAGAGGAGUGGAGGGAACUGCGUUCAUCCCUGCAACAUUUUGUGUCACCCAGGGCCCUGCCCACAGUGUCCAGCUUUCAUCACUAAGCCCUGUGUGUGUGGAAGAACCAGUAAGCAGGUACGGUGCAGUCAGACUGCUGCUCUGCACUGUGAGGAGGUGUGCGGUGCCAAGCUGAACUGUGGAGAGCAUACCUGUGCCCAGGUGUGCCAUGACGGCCCGUGCCAACCGUGCCAGCUCCGCGUCCAACAAGUGUGUUACUGUGGCGUGGUCUUUAGAGAAGUGGCCUGUGGGACAGAUAAGGAAAGUUUUGAUGGCUCGGGUCAUUUCUCCUGUCGUAAACCCUGUGGAAAGAUGUUGGACUGUCAAGAGCACCGAUGCCAAGUGGAGUGCCAUCCUGGCUCAUGCCAGCAGUGCCCGCGUUCGCCCAAGCUGGUGCGGAGCUGCCCGUGUGGGCAGACAGCCCUCUCCAAACUGCUGGAGUUGGGUUACACGGAAAGACGCACCUGCUCUGACCCAAUUCCUUCCUGCGGGAAAACCUGCGGAAAACCGCUGCCCUGCGGCACCUCUGACACUGUCCACACCUGUGAUAAGCUAUGUCACGAGGGCAGCUGUGGUCCUUGUUCUCUCACGUCCACCAUCAAAUGCAGAUGCGGCAGCAAAACCAAGGAAGUUCCUUGUGUAACGAUUCAGUCUGAAGAGGAAAUGUUGUUUACAUGUGAAAGACGCUGUAACAAGAAACGCUACUGUGGACGACACAAAUGUGGCCAAAUGUGUUGCGUGGACCAAGAACAUAAGUGUCCUCUCGUAUGCGGCUAUAAGCUGAACUGUGGAGAGCACCGUUGCCAGGAACCCUGUCACCGUGGUAACUGUCCACCCUGCUGGCAAACCAGUUUUGAUGAGCUGGCAUGCCACUGCGGGCAGACUGUGCUCUACCCGCCCAUCCCGUGUGGCACCAAACCUCCGGAGUGUAAGAACCUGUGUACCCGACAACACGAAUGUGACCAUCCAGUCUUCCAUAAUUGCCACAGUGAGGAGAGAUGCCCUCCCUGUACGUACCUCACAAAAAAGUGGUGUAUGGGUAAUCAUGAGCAAAGAAGCAACAUCCCGUGUCACCUGCAGGACAUUUCGUGCGGUCUGGUCUGUAAUAAGGCGUUACCGUGUGGUUCACAUCGCUGUAAACGUCUCUGCCACAGGGGGGAGUGCCAGGCCGAGGGGGAGUGCAAGCAGCCCUGUUCGCACCCCAGGCCCGAGUGCGGCCACCCCUGCUGUGCCCCAUGCCACCCCGGCACACCCUGCCCACGCAAGGCCUGCCCUGCCAAGGUGUGUGUUCAGUGCGACUGCGGACGGAGGAAGGAGACGGUGCCCUGCUCAGAAGCGGCCAGCUCCUCCCAGAGGUAUGCUGCCAUAGCUGUGGCCAGUAAAUUGUCUGACAUGCAGCUGGGGGAGUCAGUGGACAUCGGUCAGCUUACCAAGAGAGAGCAGAAGCAGGCCAGGCUGGAAUGCGACCAAGAGUGUGCAGCUCUGGAAAGAAAUAGACGAUUGGCAGAAGCCUUGCAAAUCGACGAAUCGGCAGAUCCUUUCCAUGUUAGGUCCUCCUCCAAAUACAGUGACAGUCUAAAAGAGGACGCCAGAAAGGAUUUGAAGUUUGUCAGUGAAGUCGAGGAGGAGAUACGAAAUCUGGUUGAACUUGCAAACAAGGGCAAACAGCCGAAGAAGAGCCACUGUUUCCCGGCGAUGAAUCGCGAGCAUCGGCGCAUCGUGCACGAGCUGGCGGAAGCGUACGGCGUGGAGAGCGUGAGCUACGACAGCGAGCCCAAACGCAACGUAGUCAUCACUGCCAUCAAGGGAAAGUCGGCCUGUCCCAACUCCACUCUGGCUGCUCUGAUCGAAAGGGAGACCACAGCUAGAGCACCUCCUCCCAUCGCACAUAUCAAACAACACAGCAACAAGAGUGAUGCUGCAAACACCGGACAAAAACCAACAAAAGAAGAGGUCAUUGAUUACUUUGAUGUUCAGGACUGACAAAAGUACUGAAACAGUGUCACUGUAACAAUCAGACAAAAUAAAGGAGA